AUGCCUGAUGAUCUUCUAUCUCUACCACGCGAGCUCCGCGACAUGAUUAUCGAACUUGUCCUCGAUGCGCACGCCGAACCACCAAAGCGCCCUAGGAUAUAUAACACACGUCGCAAUGAUUCUGGGACCCGGACCGCAUUGCGAGUAUUUGACAGGCCGCCUACCUUGCCGGCUUUCAAGCAAUACAACGCGUACGGAUUACUACUCACAAACCAACAAUUGCACGAUGAGACCAACGACCGUCUUCAUCAGCUUCCGCCGCUGUACUCUCUUGAUCUUAUGAUGAUGGGUAACAAUGCCAGAGAGCUACGGCCUACGUGGAUUUGCUGUCCGGUUCGAAGCACUGGGCCGAUCGAGUCGGUUUCCAUCAACGUACGCGAUGCCUGGGAUACGCCGGAACUUUAUCUGGAACGGCUGCGCGACACACUCCUCGAUCUAGACUGCUUUUCCGCUCUUCUGGUUUACAUUGUAAGAAUUUGUUGUCCUGGCGAAUGGGUAAAGACAGUGAAGUUGAAUCUCGAAAUACCUUCAGAAGGAUAUCGAAAUCUAUCCAUAGAUGACUUCCAGAUGGGAUAUUUUGGAGGGCCGGCCUACAGGUUGAGUGAGCUACCUCCUAGAACGCUAAGGAAAUUCCGGAACAACCAAAAUGAAGUCCUGAGAAUAUUAGCCUACCAAUACACCUUUGCAUCACUUUCAGUGCCGGAAGACCUGCUAGACGCAGGUUAUACGGUGUGGUGGGACUGGGAAGAAGAACUUGACAAUCUGAUCAUCACUGUCGACGGAUACCAAAAAGCUGAGCUGGCUAGAUGGUGA